CUUCUUUCACAAAGGACGAUGCCAUAAAAGCAGACGGCAUGGACCCCCAAGCCUUCCCCUCCUCCGGCCGCAGCAGCAACAACAACAACGCAGACAUCGACCCGAACCACCAUACCAACGCCGCCUUCUCGCAGCGCCUGCGGCAGAUGGGCGUCGCCACGCCCAACCCCACGCUGUCCAACUCGUCCACCGUCAACAGCCACGGCGGCUUCUCCAGGAACAACAACAACAAUAGCAGCAACAAUGCCUCUCGCUUUGUCCAAGACCCUUCCCUCUCAAGGGAAACCCCCGCGACAACAACCAAGCAGCAGCAGCAGCAGCAGCCCAGCCCGACGACAGUCUCGACAAACAAAACCUCCACAUCGUCCCUCGGCUCGCCGCGGGACUCGUCGCGGCCGUUACCAACAGGGCGGGCUACAACAACAUCAACACAGCAGCAGCAGGGCGGUCGUGGUGGUGGUGGGAACAGUAACAGCACGACGCUUAACGCGCUGCAGGUCCGCAAGGAGCUCGCCGAGCGCGCGCAGCACGAGUUUGAGCGCGGCGGCAACGUGGACAGGGAGUUCCUGGAUGUCAACACGCUCAGGCAGAUCCUGGUGCUCGCGGAGCGCGGAGGAGGAGGAGGAGGCGAUGUGGAUGCGGCGCAGAUCGAGAAGAGGCUGAAUCUCAAAAAGGGCGUUGUGGCGAGGUUGGUGGGAGGCAAGGCCAAGGGUGUUUUUGGCCCGUUGGAGGUGUGAUCACGGUUUGACACUUGAAAGACUCAGUGACAUCCACGGGCAACAAGGAAGACUGGGACUCUUGGCAAUGUGACUUGCUUUUUGGGUUGUUUGUCAUGAUCGUGUACGAUGUGGCUUGUAUAAAAAGUAUUGGGCCAUGAAGUCAUGAGUAA